AAAUGCUGGUCGAGGGAAAAUACGGAAAUUUCAGCGCACGAUCCCCAUCCCAUCUCCUUCACCACCAACAAGUCGUUGGAACUUCCUCUCUCUCUCGUCUUCUCCGCGAAGCACCUCCAGCUUGUUGUCACCAAAUUGGUUGAAGCUUCUUGUGGGUUGCUGGACCUGCAGAUUCUGGUUAAUAAAUGAGUCAGAAAGGCCUCAUUUAUAGCUUUGUGGCGAAAGGAACUGUUGUUCUGGCAGAGCACACUCAGUUUUCUGGAAACUUUAGUACCAUUGCUGUGCAGUGCUUGCAGAAGCUGCCUUCUAAUAGCAGCAAGUACACGUACUCCUGUGAUGGGCACACGUUUAACUUCCUGAUAGACGGCGGGUUUGUUUUCCUUGUUGUUGCUGAUGAGUCCGCCGGAAGAAGUGUACCUUUCGUGUUUCUCGAGCGAGUGAAGGAUGAUUUUAAGCAGCGUUAUGGUGCCAGUAUUGCGAGUGGGGACCCACAUCCACUUGCAGAUGAUGAUGAGGAUGACGAUUUGUUUGAAGAUCGCUUUAGCAUCGCGUACAACCUUGACCGAGAGUUUGGGCCAAGACUUAAGGAGCAUAUGCAGUACUGCAUGAGCCAUCCAGAGGAGAUGAGUAAGUUAUCCAAAUUGAAGGCUCAGAUAACAGAGGUCAAAGGGAUUAUGGUUGACAAUAUUGAAAAGGUGUUGGACCGUGGGGAGAGAAUUGAACUUCUGGUUGACAAAACAGAGAACUUGCAGUUCCAGGCCGACAUUUUCCAAAGGCAAGGAAGGCAACUGCGUAGGAAGAUGUGGUUUCAGAAUCUCCAAAUGAAGGUUAUGGUGGGCGGAGCAGUCGUCAUAGUAAUAUUCUUGCUGUGGCUCAUAGCAAAAUGGGGAAGUAAAUAAAAAUUUGGCGUUCUCAGGAUGUAAAAAGAAAAGGCACGAUAUGAUUUUGUAUCUGGAUAUGUUUGUUGGUAUGUGGAGCUAGCCUACCACUUAGGAUUUAUGAAUCUCAUACCCAAAUUUAUCGACCAUUUUUAUUCUGCUGUGAAUAUAAGUUGGCCAGGAUUUCUCUUGAGCA